GACUGAAGGACAACCCACACUAUAACAUCAGGACACAAGAGGCUCCGCUUAGUGUGUGUGGGCACUCGGAGACGAUGGCGUUACUUAAGCACUUUGCCACAGGCUACACCCCGGUCCUGUCGCUGCUGGCUCUCUUUCUUUUGCUGGUCGUUUCUUUUAUCCGGCGGAGAGUUCCCAGGAAUUUCCCUCCUGGACCGACUCCCCUUCCUCUGAUCGGGAAUCUGCACCAACUGGACCUCAGGAGGCUGGACUGGUCUCUCAUGGGGCUCGCGGAGAAAUAUGGAAGCGUAUUUUCAGUGGAGAUUGGCCCGCUGAAGGCAGUGGUGUUUUCCGGCUACGAUGCAGUGAAAGAUGCUCUUGUAAACCACGCUGAUCUGUUAACUGGGAGGCCGCACAUUCCGAUAUUUGAUGAGUUUUCAUCCCGACAGGGGGUUAUAUUCAGUGAUGGGAAGUUGUGGCAGGACAACCGGAAGUUUGUGAUCUCGGCUCUCCGAGGCUUUGGCAUGGGCAAGAAAUCCAUUGAGGACAGGAUCACUGAAGAGGCCAGCUUUCUUGUCGAUGUAUUUGAGAGUCAUAAGGGUCAGCCUUUUGAAACAGCGUGGAUAUUGAAUUCAGCUGUGAGCAAUAUAAUCUGUUCCAUUCUAUUUGGAGACCGCUUUGAUUAUGAUGCUGAAAUAUUUAUCCAACUCACAAGCAUGAUGAAUGAGAACACAAGACUGGUUGGAACAGCUCUACUACAUCUGUUUAAUUCUUACCCGUCUCUGGGAUUUCUGAUCCCGGGUCGCAGGAAGAUUAUUGAAAAUCGAGAUAAGAUGAUGGAAAUCUUCGACAGUUUCUUCAAAGCAGCUGAAGAAACCUUGAGCGAGAACAGCAUCCAAACCCUAAAUGAGGCCUUAAUUAUGAGACACCAGCAGGAAUUGAGAUGCCAAGAUGUGGAAAUUCAGAAAAGGGACACGCUGAUUACAAUCAGUGACCUGUUUGGUGCUGGCACAGAAACUACUUCCACUACCAUCUGCUGGGGACUCCUUCUCAUGAUGAAAUAUCCGGAUAUCCAGAGGAAGGUUCAGGAAGAAAUUGAUCAGGUGAUAGGGGCUGGACGAUCUCCUGUAACUGAGGACCGGAAAUUAAUGCCCUACACUGACGCUGUGAUCCACGAAAUCCAGAGGUUUUCCAACAUCGUCCCCUUGAACCUUCCUCAUUCAACCACCGAGGACACGCACAUUAGAGGAUAUUGCAUUCCGAAGGGAACUUAUGUGAUCCCACUCCUGACCUCUGUGCUACGUGAUAAAACUCAAUGGAAAACUCCAAACGAGUUUAACCCGGCUCACUUCCUGGAUGCUGAUGGGAAUUUUGUGAAGAGAGACGCCUUCAUGCCUUUCUCUGCAGGUCGGAGGGUGUGCGCUGGUAAGGCGUUGGCUAAAGUGGAGCUUUUCCUGUUCUUCACCACCCUGCUGCAGAAGUUCCACUUCCAAGCCCCACCGGGUGUGACGGACCUGGAUACCAGCCCGGGAAUAGGCUUAGUCACCAACCCGAAACCUCACCGGGUUUGUGCUGUGCCUCGCUGAUGGCACCAGUGACAGUCCCAGCAAAUCUUUCACUGCUCAGGUUAUAAAUGUGGGUUCUUGAUUAUCCUAUCUCUAACUGACCUGCUUGCAUAAUUCAUAAUUUCAUCCUCCCGUCUCCCAAACAAUCUCCCGCGACUGAUAGCAAUUCCAAGGAGAAUUUUCUCCAGUUGUAUAAUGAAGCUCGAAUCCCAUUGAUAGGUAAGAUAUAAGAUAUAGGACUACUUAUAUCUCAAACUGUUCAACUUAGCAUUGAGUUAAUAGGGUUAUUGAAAUGCAUUGAAACUGAUGCUUUGCAAUCAAUGAAUGUUUAAGCCUUGUUCUCUAACAAUAACCAACAUUUUUCUCACCCCCCCAGUUUAUGUUGGACCCUUACCUAAAUGUAAUAAUGAAAACUGCCAGAUUACUAAUGGAUGUGCUGAUUAAAAAUCUAAUAAAGACACUCUAACUUCAA